AUGUGGCUCACGGAGCGCCUCCGCCCCCUCCGCAUCAAGACGGCGCCCUUGCGCCGAGACGCACGGCUCAUGGAGCGCCUCCUCCACCUCCAUGUUAAGACGACGUCCUCGCUCCAAGAUGUGCGGUUCCGCGGCGUGAUCCACCGCGUCGUGUGCCCGCGCACGAAGAAAGAAGCUGCCAAGAGGUUCCCCGUCCGCAAGAAAACGCUCCACCGCUCCCAGCACCGCCAUGAGGCGCCGUGCGUUCUGGGCGGCGGCGGCGACGUUGUGCCCGAUUCGGGCAUUGGCUUGUCGGAUCCCGCCGUCUGCCCGGUCUUGCCAGACGUGCCUGAGCUGGAUCAAGGGGUGGGCUUGGCUGGUGGCGGAGGCGGGGAUGUGGCGUCGGGAUUGGCGACUCCAGCCGGCGUCUCGCACAACUCCGUCCAGGCCAGCGUCUCGCACAACUCCGUCCAGGCCAGCGGCUGUAGUGGCCCGGCGGAUUCGACAUUCAGUUCUCAAGAGGUGGUCCUGCCGUCGGCACGGGUCGGCGACGGGACGCCGGCCGUCGUCUCAAGCUGCGCCGUGCAGUCAGCACGUCACAGUGGCCCAGCUUCGGCGAACACCACCAUCCGCGUAGGCUGGAAGCGCAGGCCAAGAGGUCCUAGUGUGCCAGACGAGAGGGCUGUAGUAGCUGAUCAUGUGCCGCCACUGGAAGCUGCUAUUAGAGGGUUCGCUGAUAGGGGGACUGAGGUGGUCGUCAACCCGGUGCUUGGCGCUAUUUUUGAUUCGCUGGCAGAGGCGUAUGAAUUCUACAAUCUAUAUUCAUGGGAGGUCGGCUUUGGGAUUCGUUACGGCAAGAGCAGGCAAAAUGUCAAUGGGACGAAGUGUAUGCAAGAGAUUGUGUGCGGCUGCGCUGGCAAACCAGAAAGGGAGAACAGCUCGUCAAUGAGGAGAAAUUGCGCCGCCAUGCUUAGGUUGCACCGGACAGAUGAUGGUGGGUGGUAUGUAUCUGAAAAUCGGGCCUCCCACAACCAUGAAAUGCUAUGGACUUGUGCUGAGAAGCUGCAUUGGCCAUCACACCGGCACAUUGACACAUACACAAGAGAUCUCGUGAAACAGUUGCGCCAGAGCAAUGUAAAUCUGGGGAAGGUAUACACCAUCAUUGGAAGCCUGUUUGGGCGGAUGGAGAACGUCCCGUUCACAAAGAGGUGCCUUAGGACUUUCUAUGGGAAGCUUAGCAAGGAGAAGGCGGAUGAUGAUGUGCGGAAGACCAUGGAUGCAUUCUCUGAGCUGGGGUCAAAUGAUCCGGAGUUUUCAUAUGUUGUUGAGGUUGAUAAGGAAAGCAAGAUAAAAACCCUGUUGUGGACCAAUGGUAGAAGUAAGAUGCAGUACCACAAUUUCGGGGAUGUCAUAACGUUCGAUACUACAUACAAGAUAAAUCUAUACGACAUGCCUUUUGGGUUGUUCGUGGGGGUGAACAAUCACUUCCAGAGUAUCAUCAUGGGCGGGGUAAUGAUGAGAGAGGAAACGAUCGAGAGUUUCAAAUGGGUAUUCACCGAAUUCAUCAGGCUGAUGGGUGGCAAACCUCUGAAAACGAUACUAACUGGUUUGUUUGCUGCCCUAUGA